AUGCACGAUACGGGAGUUCGGCUCAAGCACGAAAGUUUGCAGCACCCUAACAUUUCUGCCAGUGACUGUGCAUCCUGUACACGUCACUUGGCACAUUCUAAGAAAAUAGUCGAUGUCUCAUCGGGACAGAUUCUGACAGGAGAGUCCUUACUGGCACUGCUAUGUUCCAUCGAGGCACGAUCGAAACGGGCUCCGAAUGCCAUGAUAGGAUUUUAUAAUUUAAGAAGCAGAAGCUUUCAUUCUUCCUCUACCUUUCCUUUCUCUCUUUCCUCUCAUUCCAUUCAACAAAAUCACUCAUGUCUUUCAAGAGCAUUGUGGUGA